AUGGCGGCCCGAGACGCAGCAGCGGCCGCAAGCCCAGGCGCCGCCCGCACGCCCCGCAGCCCCCGGGCCCCUGGGUCGCCGCCCGGCGCCGCGAGUCCUUCCGCCGUGAGGCCCCCCGCAGCCCGCCUCGGCUCCGGGCCCCCCGCCGGCCGUGACGCCGCCCCCGGGGGCCGCCCCGAGCAACGUGGGGGCGACGGAGCGGCCAAGAACCAGAAGAAGAAGAAAAACCGGAACGGGGCCCCCGUGGCGCGUGGCGGCGGGAAGGACCCAGAGGAGCCGGCCCCAGAGGAAGCGCCCCGGAGCGCGGAGGCUCAGGAGGAGCAGCUGGCCCGGGAGCUGGCUUGGUGCGUGGAGCAGCUGGAGCUGGGCCUCAGGACGCGGAGACCGAGUCCGAAACAGAGAGAGCAGGCCGCUGGGGCGAUCCGGAGCCUGCGCAGCGACAGCACCCCCCUGCCGCGGAAGAGGCAGCUGAUGCGCUCCUUGUUCGGGGACUACAGGGCUCGCAUGGAGGCCGAGCGGCGCGACGCCCUGCGGGCGCUCAGGGCAGCGGCCCGCGCGGCUCAGGUGCAGCCUGUAGGUGAGGCCACCAGAAAGAAGAGCGGAAGGGUCUGCAGGCCUCGCCAGGCAGGUGUAGCCAAGGCCACCCAGGAUACCCCUGAUGAAGAGUUCAGGUUCAAUUUCUUUUAGCCUGACUUCCAUGCUGGAACACUUCCCCUGCCUGGGUGGUGUGGGGGUUUGUCUUGUGUGGAGCCUCUCCGGGAAUGCUCUGCUGGACAGACGUGAGGUUAGUCCGUUCGUGGCUGCCCAGUGGAUCUGGUGCCAUGGCUGUGGGACGGAUGUGGAACCAGCCUAUUGGGUACUGUCAGAUAAGCACAAGACCGUUUGUAAGUUUUCAGAUGAAAUGUCCAUCCCGCGACAAGAAGGAUGUCUGUUUAGGAAACUUCUACAAUAAACUGAAGUGAGUGUUCAGCAUAUUGUAGAAAGAAUGUUGCACUUCAUCUUUAGGCUGAGGUUAGGCAGCUGUUUGUAAUAAGGACCGCGGAGGAAGCUAUAGAACUGUACACUGGUGCUCACUUAUAAAAGAACUUUGUGUCAAAUGGUGUAGUGCUUUAUAUCAUAAUAUCAUGUUGCUCUAAUAAAACUAUUUUUUGUAAAAAUGGA